AUGCGCCGGGCGGGCCAGCGUGCUCCCUCCCUGCUGGCUAGCUGGAUGUCCGGUUUGCGGGCGCUUCUGGGGCUCGGGCUGCUGGUUGCAGGCUCGCGCCUGUCACGCGUCAGAGUCCAGGCCGGCUCCUGUCGCGCAGGACCCACCUGGUGGGUGCCGCAGCGGCUGAUCUCGGGUGGCCGCGGGGACUCAGAAGUCAUGGCGAGUUCAGCAGUGAAAUACCUGAGCCAGGAGGAGGCGCAAGCCGUGGACCAGGAGCUGUUUAAUGAGUACCAGUUCAGCGUGGACCAACUUAUGGAGCUGGCCGGUCUGAGCUGUGCCACAGCCAUUGCCAAGGCAUAUCCCCCCACGUCCUUGUCCAGGAGCCCCCCUACCGUCCUGGUCAUCUGUGGCCCUGGGAAUAACGGAGGAGAUGGCCUGGUCUGUGCUCGACACCUCAAACUCUUUGGCUACCAGCCAACCAUCUAUUACCCUAAAAGGCCUAACAAGCCACUUUUCACCGCACUGGUGACGCAGUGCCAGAAAAUGGACAUCCCCUUCCUUGGUGAAAUGCCCUCAGAGCCGAUGCUGAUUGAUGAACUGUAUGAGCUGGUGGUGGAUGCCAUCUUUGGCUUCAGCUUCACGGGUGAGGUUCGGGAGCCAUUCCGCAGCAUCCUGAGCGUCCUGAAUGGACUCACUGUGCCCAUUGCCAGCAUCGACAUUCCCUCAGGAUGGGACGUGGAGAAGGGAAGCUCUGGAGGAAUCCAGCCAGACUUGCUCAUCUCCCUGACAGCACCCAAAAAGUCUGCAACCCAGUUUACUGGUCGUUACCACUACCUGGGGGGUCGCUUCGUGCCACCUGCUCUGGAAAAGAAGUACCAGCUGAACCUACCACCCUACCCUGACACCGAAUGUGUCUAUCGUCUGCAGUGAGAGAAGAGAACACUCUGGAUGCUUUGUGGAGGAUGAACUGAUUGGCACGAGGAUUGAGACUAGAGUGAGGAGCCUAGCUAGUUAUGAGGCUGUGGAAGAAACCAUGCAGGAAAUGAUGGUCUGAACUGGGGCCGAAGAUGGCCACAGAGAUGAAUGGGUAAGAUCUGCUGGAUAACAUGUAGAGCCUUUAAGCAGGUAAUGGAAGAUCAUUAAAUGUCAGCUCCCUUCCACUGGCACGCUAGAAAAGCGAAGUCUGAAUACCUGGGUUCUAGUCCUUGGCUAGAACAGGUUUUUAUAGUUACUAGCCACCUGUGGGCUCUUCAGUGAGCCACCUCCCCACUUCUGGCCG